UGAAAAAGAACACGAUGGUCGAGCUUUAAACAGUUGAGACUUGAGACUGUAGACAGAGAGAGAGAGAGGUUUUUGCAGUCUAGAGAGAGAGGGGAGAACAGAAGCUUUGGCACCCUGAGUGUGAGAGAGAGACAGAGAUGGAGGUUGGAUUUCUGGGCCUAGGUAUAAUGGGGAAGGCCAUGUCCCUUAAUCUCAUCAAAAGUGGUUUCAAAGUGACUGUCUGGAAUAGAACUCUUUCUAAGUGUGAAGAGCUUGCAAAGCUUGGUGCCUCAGUUGGAGAAACCCCAGCAGCCGUUGUAGAAAAGUGUAAAUAUACCAUAGCAAUGUUGUCAGAUCCUUCUGCUGCACUUUCGGUCAUUUUUGACAAAGGUGGUGUUCUUGAGCAAAUAUGUCCUGGAAAAGGUUAUAUUGACAUGUCAACGGUGGAUGCUUCUACCACAUCAAAGAUCAAUGAGGUAGUUUCUGCAAAGGGUGGGCGCUUUCUUGAAGCUCCCGUGUCUGGAAGCAAGAAACCUGCUGAAGAUGGUCAAUUGAUCAUUCUUGCUGCUGGUGAUAAGGAAUUGUAUGAGGAAAUCAUUCCAGCUUUUGAUGUUAUGGGAAAGAAGUCAUUCUAUUUGGGGCAGGUUGGGAAUGGGGCCAACAUGAAGCUUGUUGUCAACAUGAUAAUGGGCAGUAUGAUGAAUGCAUUCUCAGAAGGACUUGUUCUAGCAGAUGGAAGUGGACUGAACCAGAAUACCCUUCUUGAUGUCCUGGCCCUUGGUGGAAUGGCAAACCCGAUGUUUGCACAAAAGGGACCAGCCAUGAUCCAAAGAAGUUACCCUACUGCUUUCCCAUUGAAGCAUCAGCAAAAAGAUAUGAGAUUGGCUAUUGCACUCGGGGACCAGGCAAACGUAUCCAUGCCGAUUGCUGCUGCAGCCAAUGAGGCUUUCAAGAAGGCCAAGGGCAUGGGUCUUGGAGACCAUGAUUUUUCAGCUGUUCAUGAAGUGGUAAAGAUCCCAGAAAAUGCAAGUGGAAAGUGAUAUAUUGAAUCCACUCAUGGAAGUGGGUUAUGUCUUUCUUUGUUUUUUAUUUUCUCUUCCUUUAAUGCUUCUCUUCUGGAGGUAUGGUGUUGCUUGUUUGGCAAACAAUAUUUUGUUGAAACUAAUUGUGGGUGAGAGAGAGAGAGAGAGUGUGAGACUCAAGCAUCACAUGGGCAAUUGAACAUUUUCCAACUCUCGUCUUCAUAAUGCUAAAUUGACUAUAAUUAUGAAUAAUGAUAACUUCGGACCUUGUGACAA